GGUAGGAGAGUGCGUGGAGGGGAGUAGAGUGAGAUGAGAGGGGAGAGGUAGGAGAGUGCGUGGAGGGGAGUAGAGUGAACUGAGAAAGGUAGAGGCAGGAGAAUGCGUGGAGGGGAGUAAAGUGAGAUUAUAGGGGAGAGGUAGGUGAGUGCGUGGAGGGGAUUCGUGAGAUGAGAGGUUGGAAAGUGCGUGAAGGGGAGUGGAGUGAGAUGAGAGGGGAGAGGCUGGAGAAUUUGUGGAGGGGAGUAGAGUGAGAUAAGAGGGGAGAGGUAGGCACCAGGAAAGGUCUCAGUCUAUGCACGAUGUUGAAGACAGGUGAGGGCGAUUUUGAAAUUGAUCUCAGAUUGGUUUGGGAGCCAGUGCAGGGAUUUGAGUAUUCAGGUAAUUUGGUAAUGUUCAUGGGCAUGGGGGAGAUACGUCUGGCAGUGGCAUAUUGAAUCAUUUAAUCAUUCCCUGGACACCCUUGCAAACGAGAUGUUCCACCUCAAGGAUUUUUUUUUUCCCGGUGAAUAAUAUAAAAUGGGGGGAAAAAAUGUACUAAGAGUCAAAACAUGGAGUUGGACGGUGAGAGAUUUGGGGAGGCCGUGAUGGAGAGAGUCGCAGCAGUGAAGUCGGGAGUCGCAGCAGCAGCUGGGGUGGGGGGAGUGGCAUAUUUGUGAUCUACGUGGAGGUGAACGAUAACUCCGGAUCAGAUGACAUGGACGUCUGGUGGUGGCAGAGGAAGGAGAUGCUGGGUCCUGGGAGAAGGUGGCCUGCAGAGUGAAAGAGAAGAAGUUGGUGAACCACAUGACGUGGAUGCGCACGACCUCGACAACCAAAUAAAAUGAAAGGCAUCUCAAGCAACGGAUCCCAGCCCAGCCUCAACUCAGCCCACCCGGGACUAAACCCCACCCACUCGGGCUUUAACUCCGCCCACUCGGUGUUCAACCACGCCCAUGCAGGCUUCAACCCCUCCCACCCGGGUCACAUGACCCUGGGCUCCACUCACUCAGGAAUGAAUCACUCCCACCCGGGCCUCUACGCAGGUCACAUGACCUUGGGUUCGGCCAACCAGGGGAUGGGCCUCGGCCACGGGAGCCUUCACUCGGCCCACUCGGGAAUGGGUGCCGUCCACCACCAAGGUCACAUGACCCUGGGCCCCACCCACUCGCUGGGCUCCGCCCACCAGGGCAUGAACCCGGGUGGUCACAUGACGCUCAGCGCAAGUCACUCGGCUCUGGGCUCGGCCCACCUGCCGCUGAACCCCGCCCACAUGCACGUGCGCCCGCAUCCGGCAGAAGGGCCGGACCUGGGGGAGGGAUAUGGCGCGGUGCGACAGCGCCACGUGCUGAUGCCCAUGGACUCUUUCCCCAUGGGACAAGAGCCGCGCGGCACGAUGAUGCGUCCCGUGGACGAGGCGCUAGCGCGUCAGUACUACGGACGACCGAGCGAGCGCGUGCCGAUGUACGACUGGCAGUACGGCUCACGGGGACCGGGCAGCGGUGGCAGCAUCAGUGGGCGCCCGCCCCUGACCCUUUGCCCCACUGACGCGGCCCCGCCAGCCCCCGAGGACCGCAGCGAGAGUCCCAGUGGCCUGCGGCAGCUCGUACACUCCAUGCAGCGCCUCUUCUUCGCCAAGUCGCACGCAGCGGCAGCGGCGGGGGCGGCCGACGGCACCGUGCCCACGUCCGGCUCGUCGGGCUCGUCGUCCGGUCGAGGCUCGCGCCGCUCUCGCCGCCAGGAUGCAUCGAAAUCGCGUGAUGCCUCCUCGCGCGGCCAAGGCGGGGGACAACCCCGCAGCCGCGAGACCUCGCGCCACCGUGACUCCUCCCGCAGCCGCGAAGAGCUCCACUCUCAGCAGCAGCUGCAGCAGCAGUCGUUGCCGCCACAGCAGCAGCAGCUGCAGCAGCAGCAGCCAGCGCUCCCUUCUUCCUGGGAGCAGCCGCCCACCAGGAGCCGCGACCCAUCCCGGCACCGCGAGUCGGCGCGGUCCGGGGAGCCGUGCCGCAGCCGCGAGCAGUCGAUUCAUCGCGAGCAGUCGCGAUCAGCGGCCGAGCAUCUCCAGUCCAGUAGCGGUGGUGGCGGCGGCAGCAGUGGGGGCAGUGGGGGAUGCUGGGAACCGCAUCCUGGCUGGGAGCAGACAGGGAGUGGCUGGGCUGAGCACGGCAUUGAGCAGCAGCAACAACAACAGCAGCAACAGCAGCAAAGGAGACGCGAGCAUUCACUUGGACGGCAGCCGAGUUGCAGCCGUGGGGAGCAGCAGCAGCAUGCGGCAGCAGCGGCACAAGCCCCAUCGGCCACGAGUGAGCGCACCCGCAGACGCAGCCGCAGCCGGGACUGGAGGCCCGAGGCGCGGGGCGGAGGAGGGAGGGUGAUCGCAGGAGGGUGGAGCUCGGACGACAACUUGGACAGCGACGGGAGCUUUGGACCUGGUGGCAAGAUGGCCGUCGGGGGGGCAGCCGUGGUGGGGCCUGUGCCGCAUGCGAGGGCAGUGCGCGGGCGUAGUUACCCACCGGCCCUUGCGCCCAGCGACCCCUGGGCUUACUACAAUUCGGAGGGGAGGUCCGAGUACCCGCCGCGACACCAGUACCUCCAGGUCCCGCACGACGACGCCCCGCCGCGGUGCUGCGCUCCCUCCCACCCAGAAACCGUCGCCCCCAUCCCGUGCCGCCGGAUGCGCAGUGGCAGCUACAUGAUGGCGAUGGAGGGCGACCCUCCCCACCAUCACCACCAUCAACAUCAUCACCACCAGCAGCAGCAGCAACAGCAGCGGCAGCAGCGGGGGGGUGCCUCGUCCUCUAGCGCCGCGCCACCGCCGCACCACCAGCACCACAACCACCAGCAGCUGCACAGAGCAGGCAGCCGGAGUAGCGGUGGUGGCGCUGGUGGUGGUGGUGCAUCGGAGGUGCCACCGCACCACCGCCGGUCUUCGUUGAGGCGGCCUCCAUCAAUGAGCUGUCCCCGGCUGCUCAAGGAGGCGAGCUUGAACCGGAGUCUGGACAGUCUGGACCAGGUGGGGAUCUCCACGGCGCAGGACGGGCACUCGCACAGCAAGGGCAACACCUGGGGCCAGCACAGCCAGCUGAGUCGGCACGGUCAGAGCCGGGAGCUGGCCGUGCCUGGAGCCGGCCAGGGCCUGGGUCCCAGGGGCUCGCAGGCGAUGGAGGCGCUGGACCUGCCUCGCUGCAUGCGCACCCGGCGCCACAGCUAUCUCUUCGCCAUCCAGGCCGGUUGCGAAGACGGCGAGGAAGGCGCGGUAGCGGCGGCGGCGGCGGCAGCAACGGGCCCAGCGGGAAAAAUGGGGGGCAGCGCAUCCAAGUCGCCCACUCCGAUGGCCACGUACGCCACCGUGUGCCGCAAGUCUCUCCCUCCGCUCCCGCUAAAGUCAUCGCACCGCCCAUUUGCCGCCAAGGCGUCCACGUCCGUGUCGACGCAGAGCAGCACCGAGUCGACGCAGGAUGACGCGCCCCGGCCCUCCAAGGUCGGCGGCGCCAAGGGCGGCAGCUCGGGGGCCGCCGCGGCAGCCUCGACGUCGUCCGUGGCAGCAGCAGCAACAGCAGGAGGUGGUCCCCUUGCGCAACCUCCUACGACCCCCGCGGCUCCACCGCCCUCCGAGCGUGGGCAGCAGCAGGGCGGCAGCGGUGGAGGCGGUGGCGGCGGAGGAGGAGGAAGCAGCGGAGGGUCAGGAGGAGGCCCCAUCUCGGGCGGGCCACCCGAGCGAAGACACAGCCAGCGCCGCGCCUCGGAGAAGUCGCGCGACAGGGAGCGCUGGCCGUCGGGCGGCGCAGCCACCGCCGCCGCCGCCGUCGCCGCCACCGUGAAGCUGUCGGCAAAGAGCCCGGCGGCUGAUGGGAGCUCGUGGGAGCUGAGCGACUCUCUGGACAGCCUCGACAGCGCCCGGGCCAUGGCGGCUAGCGCUGCUGAUGGAGUGGCGGCUGCCUCUGCCGCUGCUGGUGGUGGUAGUGGAGUUUCUGCAACGAAUCAAGCUGGCACCGCCAAUGUUGGAGCUAUCAAUGCUGCUGCUACGGGCGCUGUUGGCGUUGCUGGUGGUGCCGGAACGGGAAUUGGAGUCGGAAGUGGUGGUGGCGGCGGCAGUUCGAGCGGCCCGUCGAGCGGCACAGAGGGCAGGGCAAGGAGCCGCAUACACGCGGGGAGCGUCGCGUCGGAGGAUUCGGCCACGACGGAGGUGUCGCAGAGGAGCGAGCGUCUCUCCGUGGGUGUGCAGGUGGACACGCCGGACAGCGUGGAGGAAGAAGUCUGCACCCCGGUUCCGUCUCCCGUUGGGAGGUACCAGUCCAUCGGUGUGCAGGUGGAGGAGGACCGGAGAUGCGGGCGCAACACUCGCUCCAACAGCGUGGCGACGAGCGUGCAGGCCGACCUGGAGGUGGAGGAGAUCUCCAGGCGCAUCCUGGGCAGCGCUCGUAGCCCCGGGGGGCCCGGCUUCCCCGAGCGGCCCUCGUCCUCAUCGUCGGCAAACACCACCGGCGGCACCGGCAACAGCCCGCACCGCAGCUCCCACCGCUCACGCCACGCGGCCAGCCCUCGCUACCGCCAGCACCCGCGGGAGGGACGGCAAUGCCACUCUCGCAGCGUGCAGACCCAGACGCACACGCACUCGCACAAGCACGCGCAGGGGACCGCUCGGGCCCCGUCCCCAAGCCCUGCCGUGUCCCCGGGACCCUGGGCCUCGCGUAGUCGCAGCCCCCUUCUCUCCGCGGCCCCGGCCGGGGGAAUCCCCAUCGCCGGAGUCCCCUCCCCCGGCGCGUCGACGGCCGGUACCUCCGCGGCCAGGGACGCUCACUGGUAUCUGGUGCGACUGCGGUCCGAGGGCCAGCGCCUCGACACGCUGUGCCGCCACGCAGAGGACCUGGCGGAGGACACGGACGUGCCGGAGGAAGCGCUGGGCGUGAUCCGCAGCGCCGUGGGCUCCACUCGACUACUGCUCUCCCAGAAGUGGCAGCAGUUCCAGAGGCUUUGUCAGGACAACCUGGACCCAUCAACGGAGCUGCGUCCCACUGAUGAGGACCUGGCCGGCUUCUGGGAGCUGCUGCAGAUCCCAUUGAGGGAUGUACAACGUCGCUUUGAACAAGUUGAACGUCUACGAGCGCGUGGCUGGGUCGGCAGCAGCAGCACUCCCUCCCCAGAGGAGCGGAGCACACCCGUGCCGUCAUCUGCGUCGCAAACUCCAACCCCUCAGUUGAUGGCACCGCCGCUGCCACCCCCGUCGCCGCGGCCCCAGCCCAGGCCCCGUACCAGCAUCGCGCAGCAGACGUCCAUCGAGACAGCGGAGCCACGAGCCCGCUCGCCCGCCGCGCCCAAGCGGCCCAUGGCGUAUCGGCAGCGCUCGACGACGGAGAGCAACGAGAGCCUCGACGUGUACCUGCCAGAAGCCCAGACCAGGCUGUAGUGUGCUGGGCCCGCUGAGGCCUUGUCUAGGCUUUUUAUCAUUAUUUAUUUAUUUUUCAUUUUUUACCUACGUGACUUUACCGAAAGAACUAAGAGUAUACUUGUCUAGGCUGUAGUUCACAAGAUGUGAGACUCUGGAUUGUUUAUGGUGUAGUGAACCAGCCACAAGGCACAGACCAGGCUCCAGUGUGCUAAGCCUGAGGCUCAGUCUGGGCUGCAUUCCACUUGGUUUGUGGAAAUGGGUUGUUUAGGCUGUAGUGCACUUGGCCCAAGUCACAGAGCACUAUGCUGCAGUGUGCUAGAUGUGAGGCUAAGGCUGUGGCUAUGAGGCUGUACAGUAUGCUACACCUGAGGCCCAGUCCAGGCUUUAAUGUGCUUGAUGUGAGGUUCUGGGUUAUUUAUGCUGUAGUGCACCAGGCCAAUGGCUCAGUCCAGGUCUUAGCCUACAUUGUACAUGAAGAUUGUGCCAUUGUGUAACGAGUUUUUAGGCCCAGGUCCUUUGAGCCCAGGUUUAAAUUUUGCUAGCAUGCUAGGCCUGACGUUGAAACUUGGCUAUAGCCUGCAUCAUGCCUGGCAGCCAGAGGAUUAUGACUCCAGGAUUUAGUCCGCAAGAUAUGCCCAAGCCUCGGUCAGUUCAGACACUAAGCCUAAGCUUAUUGGUGUCCCAGUCAGGGUUUUAAUGCCCUGGCUUGUGAACCUUAGUGUCAAAAAGUUUAUUGCAUCAGAUAUCUUUAGGCCGCUUGUCCUGAAUUAAUGUGAGUACAUAUUUUUUUAGGAACGGCAGUAUGACACCUCGCUGGCUAAACCAGUUCUUGCAAAGGUAUUCCAGGAUUUAAUCAUGUGCUUGAUUUUCACUUUGAUAAACCAACAGAAAACAACAUCGGUGUCUGACGUGCGUGUUGUAAACAAUGUAAUUUCGCACGGCACUUAUGAAAUGCAGAAACAAACGUUAAAAGAUUGGUCAAUAAAUGGUUUAUUUAUGUUUUUGCUAUGGAGCCAAAUCUGGUAGUGGAAUUGUCAUUGUGGAUGGAUGCAUCAAAUGCUGCUUAGCACCACGUUGACACAAAUUAAACAUUUCCAAUUUGGCGGUGACCUAAGAGUCGUAAGUCUCUUCUCAUGCCCAUUCCAUUGCCGAAAUGGCUGUCUCCUGCAGCUUAUAUUUUGAAUACACAAAAUGGCUCCUCUUUCCUCAGUCUUGGGGCUGCUUGCUUGCUUGUCUUUUUUUUGUGCACAAAACUUAGAAAUCAACGAAUUUCUUCUUGUGACAAAGAUUGAGCAGGCCUUUUUUUAGAUUGUUGCAUUCUGCCAAUCAGUCCGAAGGUUCAGUUGUGGAGUUAGUUGUCUCCGAUUUGGCUUUCACUUUAGUGAAAUCGGUUUAAGGUUGUUGAGGUGGCCGGGUGGUUUUGGUGAUUCAUACUAUCCAUGUUUGAGCUCCAAGCCAGCACUGUUGAGAACCUUCGUUAGAAUCUAGGCAGUUGCCUGAGAUUGCGCCAGUUUCUUCAGCGAGCGUUUUUGUUGGUCUCAGCCUGGCCACCAAUGACUACGCAAAAAAAAACUUGUUUCAUAAAAUUGCUCGUUCACUUUAUUUGGUAUGCUCAAGUCCUGGAGGGCUCAAAUAUAUAUAUAGUGGACACGUGGUGAGCCGCUCUCCAGAAAGCGUGGAGGGGUGCCCCCCAGUGGUUACAGCGAAGACGGUGGCCCAUUGAAGUGUCGUCCGCCUAUGGAAAGAGAUUCUGUGGUGUCUCGUCUGGGGUCCGGGGUCCCAACCGCGUUGAAGGAUAACCCCGCUGUGUCCGUUCGAGUCUCUGGAAUGCGCACGUCUUUCCCACCCCCCCGCCCCCCCCCCCGUGUCACAGACAGCUCGACUGGCACAUUGGGUUGCGAUGAAGUGAUCACGCUCUUGGACAGGAUGCUUGCUACAAGUGGGAAACUCCUUUGAGCCGAUCAGAACCUGGAGAUGGAGACUGCCUUGUAUUUUACACCUCUCGCCCUCGUUGUACAGCAUCUACCAUAUGUCUACCUCUGCUGUGUAGCCGACAUCUCUUAAUAUCUCUCUGCCGCGUAUAUUUAACAUCUUUGCCUUGUGUCUUACAUAUCUUUCUGCCUUGAUAACGAUGCUCUCUCCAGUUUAGUUUUAAGUCCGUGUUUUCCCUAUAUUGAUUUAUUUUAUUAUGAAUCGACCACUAAUCCAAUUUGACUUCAAGUCUGUCACUCGUAGACCAUGCAUGGCUCUCAUUGAUUUUACUGCCAUCCGCAUUAAAAGGUAAAAAUAAAUAAAAGAAAAAAUAUCGUGUUGCACGUUUAUGAUCCUGUUGAGUUAGUAUGUUUUCUACGUAAGCGUGACUCGAUCGCAUACUGUUAAACCAUUUUCGGUAUUCACAUGUAUGCUACACGUGCAUCAUAUGUUGGGCAUGCCUUACAUUGGAAGUGUUAAUGAACUUAAUCGAAUUUAGGUUUUGAAAGAUUUGAUCAAAUUUUAUAGAUAUCUAACAAAUUUAAAAUCUCACAUUCAAAUGUUUGAUAAUAUUUGUCAUGUCAUUUUUGAUGUUCGUUUUCGUGCUUUGAAGGUGUCUUGUUUGCACUUCUUUUCAACGCCUCCUUUCUUUUCUCGUCUUGUUUUGUUUCUCAGACAAAGCUAAAGGAAUCGCGCGUCCCAACACGAUAAAUUCAAAGACACCACGGGAUUGUCGCGCACGUCGGAGGUGCGUGGGAAGGACAACAAAACUAAACACAAAAAGCAGUUCUAAAACUCAUUUCUUGAGAACUGCUUUUCGUGUUUAGAUUGGUGUUCUCCCCCCCUCCCUCCCACCGCCAAUUCGCAUGGUUGGCUACGUACGGUGCGAAAGAAGUUCAACAUACAUGUCACGUGGACACCGCGUACAGACUCGUGCCGUUUCCCAAACGGCAUCGUUUUCAUUGAAUCGUCUUUUUGUAUUCGCAUAGGGGGGCGGUGGUGGGGACGGUGGUGGCCGUGGUCAACCUGGCCGGGCGGUUGGCACAGCUCACUACUUGCCACUGAGUGAAGUUUUUCACCAGUUCGAUUUCUACCACAGUCGCCCCACACCACACCCUCCCGCCCCGGGGAUGACUUAAUUGAUCAUGAACACAAACCAAAGCUCUGAAGUGCAUGUUAAACACGAUGCAGACACACUAUUCGGCAAAUACAAUUUAUAACAAAAAACAUUCACGUUAAAAUAAGUCGUUCUGGCCUCCAAGGUAUCCCUUGCUAUCGAGACUUUAAUCUCACCGGCGAUUCUGACCCAGUUAAAUAAAGGACGAUCGUUCGUCCAUCCAUUCACUCACUCACGGACAUGUGCUGUACGUCAGCUGUGCAUCUGUAUUGACUAAAAGGCGUACUGUAUUGAUUACUAUGCGCGUUACUUGUAAAUAUUGAUUAAAGGGCUUCAAUGAGCAUAAACAUCAUUACAGUAUAUAUAUAUAAAUACGUAGGCUAGUACCAUUCAGGUAGUUAUGCAAAACGAGUCGGUUGAUAGAUCAACGGUGGUUAGGAGUCCAGACAGAUGUCCCAAGUGUCUCCAGCGGUCUUUCGAGCACUGGGCUUGGCCACACUCGCCCCCUGUUGUCGAUCCUGAGCUAGUGGUGGAAAUUCCACGUUCCGCUGGUGGGUUUGCCCAAUGUUUUGUGCUUUAUUAACGCAACCCACGAGCGUCUCUGUGCGCCACGUGCUGAAGCCUAGCCAGGUUGGAAGCUAUUUUAGCCACCGAUGAUGCUGCUGAUGAUGAUGGGGCUGAGUCAAACCCUGGCCAGGAUUCAAACUCGUUGAACCCUUAGGUCUGUACGAUCGUGUUCCCCAAGUAUUCUGCCGACUUGGCUGACCCGCCCGUGGCGAGGUAUGGAGAUAAAUAGGUGUACUUUGGUGUACACUUUACAUACAACCUGAAUAGGAGUAUUAUUUAGGACAUUCAGUAUCUCGGUGCAAGCAAUAGAAACGUGUUAUAUAGUGUGUGUAUAUAUAACGUGCACAGUAUGUAUGCCGCAGACGUUAUUGCAAGACUAAACAUACACACACACAAUUGAUAACGAAGUUGCUCACGUGAUCAUACACACGUUGAUUGAAUGUGUGCAAUAAUGAACAGGAAUGUAUUUUUUGUUAUCUGACUGUUGUUAUUGCAGUAUUUUUUCUUAGCCUGUAUAUGAUCACUAACUUACCAGCCACUUGCCAAAUACAUAUAUAUACACACACAAUAUAUAUAAUAAAAGGCCAAAUAGAGAAUGUACUUUCAACAUGUAUUUUAUCCCCAAACAAUGAAAUGUAAACGUGUUUUUCUUUUACCUUGUUUUAAUCCUCGUUUCAUGAUGAUUUACGAUCCACACAAAGUAUAUGCUAAAUGGGAGUAUUUAAUUUAAGAUAACUGUAAAAUGUAACAUAAUGUGAUCUCCGGUCGGUGACAAUUUCAGUCAUCUCGGGGGAGAUGUGUGCGAGACGAGAGAUAAAUAUAUAUUACUACAGCGCCACGUUGUCGUGAACAAUCGGUCGGCAAUUCAUUUUGGGAGAUAUUAAUAAGGUGUUUGAUGUCAUCGUCCUGGUGACGCUGACCUGUCUUGAUUGUCAGCCACCUGAUUUAGGAAGACAGAGCAACAAUUGGUGAUGUAGAACCGCCCUAUAACCAAAAUCACCCGCAAAUUAAUGCGCGCGCUUAUCAUCAGGUCUCAGUAGGCUAAGCAAAAUGGGGCCUGCAUAGUAGUUGGAUGGGCUGCCACCAUGCGUUAUCUGGUUGUUCUUGACUUAUGCGAGGUGGUGAGGGGGGUGGAGAACCAGAGGGGGGCAGCACAACAACAACAAAACAUACGUUGUGCUAUACUUCAAUGCUCCCCGCACUCUCAACCAAACCUGCACUGACCAGCGUGGUGAAGCAUGGUCAAAUAAAGCCAUGUGGCAGUGGAUUCACGAAAGGGGCUGUAUAUAUAAUGUACACAAUGCGAAUUCGAGUAUGUUGCUAUCUUACGUGACAAUAGUGGUAGCCUCGCUUUGACGAUUGGGCGCCCGUGGUUAAAAGUUAAAGUUUCUAAACCACUUUUGGUUUGGUUUGCUCUGGGCACAUUUCCCAGAAAGUGACUUUCCCUGUUUCAAAUAUUGUAGCCUUAUGCUCGGCCCGACCUGAUGAUACGUAAAGGGUGGGGGAGGGGGCUGAGUAGAUUUAAAGUUGAUGUUUUACGCAGGUGACAACUUCAGAGGCCAGGAUGAGAGUCUCAUUUGCAAGAGUGGCCAAAAGGGGUCACCAAAAUUACGAAAGGUCAAACAAAUGAAUUAAACGCUGCAAUAAAGCAAAUAGAAAUCAGAGCAGCAGCAGCAACAACAAUCAAUGUUAAAUAAAUACAUGUCCCGUAGCAAGACUGAUCAUCGUGCAAUUUACAAUCGGUCGUGAGCGGGGUUGGUAGAAGAGAGAAAGGGGCCCAACGUCACAAAGAGACCGAGGAGGCCACUCCCUUUGUGGGUGGUGCUAGUGGAGGAGUGGGCGGUGGCUAUACCAAGUAGGCAGGGCUUAGGGAGGGAGAGGCUGUCAGCUCCAUCAACGUGCCCUGGCUGAGCCCUCCCAGAUAAAAUGUUAUUUGAAGCAAUGCGUUGGUGCAUCUCCCAUCAACACAGAAUGUGUAACACUGGCGAGCAUGCUGGCCGGGUGAUGUCCCUGGCGUCUCCCACAAUGACUUUCCGUCUGACUGCUUGCAGGGUCUUGGCGUGUAAUAACGGUGUAACGAUUAAUAUCUCGGUGGCGCCGUGACGGUGUGCGCUCGCUGCCACGUGGCUCUCAAUCCCCUCCUCCUUUCCCCACGUUCCCUUUCCGUGUGCAUGAAGCGUCGUCGGUCAUUCCCCCGCUCCCCCUCUCUCGUCUGUCACGCCACCGUCACGGCACGUGGCGAGGGAGGGGGGCUGCUGAGCAGGGGGGGCAACCGGGUUGGACCCCAGGUUGAUGUUCCACGUGAUUUCUGGAAUGGGUCCUUUUUGCAUCCAGGGUACAGUCUCGGUAGGUUAUUUCUGACCACUGAGUCCCACGUUGGGCCAGGUGGGUCUUGUAAUAAGUCCCGGAUGGGUUUGUGGCGAGUGCAAGGUGGGUCUAGGCUGAAACCGUAGGUGGUUCUGGGUGAGUCCGGUUUGCGUUCAGGGUAUAAUCUCGGUCGGUAUCUCUACCGGGUCCCACAUGUGGGUCCACGUGGUUCUGGAGCGAGUCCCAGGUGGGUAUGGUUGAGUCCCAGUUUGAUCCGUAUGAAUCCGGGUGGGGCUGGGCAAGUGCAGUUUUUGUUACAGGGUAUGGUCUCAGUCGGUAUUUCUACUGAGUUCCAUGUUUAUCACAUGGGUCUUGAUUGAGUACAAAGUAGGUCGAGGUAGGUCCGUGUAAAUCAGAGCGAUUUUCAGGUGGGUCUGGGCGAGAUGGCUUUAGGUUGCCCACAAUUGAAUCUGGAACAAUCGUAGACGAGUCUGGGUAACUUCCACAUGGGCUCGAAUGAGUCCCUGUUAGGUAUCGGUCCUCUAUGGGUCUGGGUAGGCGCCGUCCCGGGGCUGCGUCUAACACGAACCACUAUGCGAAUUCAACCGAAACCCAGCUCGGGCCCCCACUUAUUCAGCAGCACGCUUGAUGUGUAUGUACCACGGCAAAACAGUGUUUAAAUAAAGAUAAUUUAUUAUUAUUGUUUGUGGUUGUUGGUGGCUCUGUUCAUGGUGCUGAUAAUGCUGCUGGUGAUAUUGAUGCUGAUUAUGGCAGUGCCUGGUACUGACGAUGCUGCUGGUAUUGCCGCUGAUGACGAUGCUGGUGCUGAUGACACUGAUGCCCAUGAUAACCAAGUGAUGCCGGUGUUAGGGAUGGCAAUGCUGAUGAUGCUCAGAUAAAGAUGCAGGCGAUGCUUUGUUUAUGGUGGUGCUGCUGCAUCUGUAAAUCAUCUCAGUCGCCCUAUAACCCCUGAGUCCGUCCCUUUACCUGCCGGCAAAGAGCCUUUGAUACUUCACGUGGCCGCAAGGUGCACCUAGCCUGACACAAAGGCCGUGAUGACGUUAC